AUGUCCGAGUCGCAACCCGACCACGAGAGCACGAUCCAGGAGUUUUUGGGAUUCCUGAGAAGUGCUGCCUGCGAAGGUGCCCUUGGAUCUGACCCUGAAGCGAAACCUCAAUUCGUACCGAUUGACAGGAUCACAGAGCGAGUGCAAGACACUAAGCGAUUGUUGAAGCUCCUAGACGCCUUGUUCCGCAACAGAGAGCAUGAUUUCUACCCGGAAAUCGUUCAGAAGGACUUUCCUAGGGUCUUCUGUACAUUGUUGAGCAUCGGCAGGGCAACGUUUAUCGAGAACUUCAUCGAGGACAGCCUGAGCGACAAGCUGCUCCCCUUUCGCGAAAAGCCGCCCCAGUUCCCAAUCGCCACCGAAGGACUGGACUUCUGGAAGUCUUUCGAGGAAAAGCAAUGGAUGUUCUGUCCUGCAACCUUCGAGAACAGCACCCCCAAAUUACGCUUCGUAGAAAAGCUUAUCCUUCCCAUCAUACACAAAGAGAAGAUAACAGAAGGUGGUAGCGCCGUGAUCCAUAAGAUACAGAUACAUCCAGCAUACAAUCGGUUGAGGCCGUACAGUGAGGAUCUGGUACAGCGUAACUUGAAUCAUCAGGUCGCAAACACGUUCGUCCUCAAAACGUACCGUACCAGAGACGCCAAGAGGUAUUAUGAUAGUGAGGUUUACGGCUUCAGUAAGCUCAACUCUGGCGGGAGGCCUGAGCCUACCAUAAUCGGUUUCUAUGGGAGCUUUACCCAGAACGAUACCUUCAAUGUGCUCUUAGAAUACGCUGAUGUGGGCAACUUGGAGCAAUACUUCCAAAAUCCAAAUAUCUCGCCGCCAUCAAAGGGAGAGGAAAUUGAAAGUUUCUGGUCCAAGCUUCUUGACAUUACGAGGGCUAUAAGAUGCAUACACAAUGUCGAGCAAGGUGACUCUGUCAGUCCGAAGAUUUUCCAAGGGUGGCACCAGGACAUCAAACCCGCCAACAUUCUCGUCAUGAGCAAUGGGCAAAACUCACCAUACAUGUACGACUUCAAACUGGCUGACCUCGGACUCAGCCACUUUCGCAAGCAUGUACCUUCAGAAGGGGAUGCCCUGGAUAAGGACACUUGCGGGACCCGUACCUACGGCCCUCCUGAGUGCUGGAGAGCGGACGCUUUCAGCGCCAGGACUCCGCUCCGGAUCCAGCAGAAAGCUGAUAUCUGGUCCUUCGCAUGUGUCUUAAGCGAGGCAGCAGUUUGGAUAGUCCAUGGCCGUCAUGGACUGCAAGAAUACCGCCAGCGGCGCAAAGCCGAGACUGGGCUGAGGUCCAGCUUUGAAGACAGCGACUGCUUUCACAACGGCGAAAGAGUACUCAACGCUGUCAAGCAGACGCACGAAUCCCUGGAGACCCAUAUUCGCCUCUCGGAUCAUAUUACUCAAGCUGUCUGGAAGUCCAUGAUCAGAGAGAUGCUGGUUGACGUUCAAUCGCGUCCUGAUGCGUUUCAAUCUUACAACAAGACGAGGUUGAUCCUUGAAGAUGCAAGAGGACGCGGAACGACUAACCGAUCCGGCACAUCUCAAGUAGUCGUUGCCGUACCACCUUCGACACUGCCCGAGUCUCCAAUUGAUCGGCGGCGUUCUCAGCUGACGCCUCUGCACAUGAAAGAAGUCCGGAGAACACUGCCUCCAGCGGGUCCCGCUUAUCAGCCAGCGCCGACAACUAGAGAAGACCGAGCACAAACCUGUGAUCCGAAUUGCGUGCCGCCUAACGUGCUGCGCGGCAGUGAUACCUGGCGGCCCAGGUUGCGUAGCUCUCAGGAGAUGAAAAGCACACUUCUAAUUUCUGGGCAGGCCUCGCGUCCUCGAGGUGGUAAAACGUGGGCUGAAGAUAAGGAUGACCAAAUGUGUGAGUCUCCAUCUGACCUUGACGACAUUAGCGGACUCCAUCCGGCCAGGUUUGGGUGUUUGGAGGAAGCCGAUGCCGAAGACGUACGUUCCGGCCAAUGCCGUACAAAGGAGGGCCGAGUGCUAGUAGCCGAAGGUCCGGUCACCUCUCCAACGACGACACAAUCUCCUGUUGACACGCUUGAGCGUCCGUUCUCAGCUAUUCCCGGUUCAUUUCGCGAAGCCGGUCCUGAAGAUCAAAUACCGAAGUUAUCCCUUGACGAUGCGCAAAAAUGGAAGCAAUCCAAGAAGAGCAAAUCCAAGGAUGCUAAGCAGUUACCCUCCACGUAUUGGUGGAAUAUAAUAAAAGGCCGAGACCAUGCCUUCCUGAUCGAUAAUUCUUCCUCGAUGAGACAACACUGGAGUAAUGUGUUGUCUCUGCUUGAAGUUCUGGCUUACAUAGCCAAAAUAGCGGACCCUGACAAGCUAGAUUUGUACUUUUCGAUGCCCGGCGAACCCAGCAAGAACAAAAAAUGUAAGACUACAACGGAGCUUGUGAAAGCCGUGGAAAGCAUGAGGCCGAAUGGCCCCAGCUCAAUGAAGUCGGACAUGAAUGCAAGCAUAGGUUCUAUCAUUGGCAAUUAUCAAAAUAAACUUGAUGACCGUUACUCCUCAAAGAUAUCUUGGAGAAGGAUGUCGGGGUCGUCCGUCAGACCAUUAAGUCUUUGUGUUCUUACGGAUGGAGUGUGGCAGCCGAACUGCAGUCUGGACAACACUAUCAACAGCCUGGUGGGGAUGUUGAAAAGAUUCGGUCUCCAAGGUUCCCAGGUUGGGCUUCAAUUCGUCAGGUUUGGCAAUGACGAGGAGGGCAAAACACGUUUGGAUCACCUCGACCAUUUAGAUCGCGAAUUGGGCCUUAAGAUGGACAUUAUUGACACCGAACCUUUUGACGGCUGCAACAUCUGGAAAGUGUUUCUCGGUCCCAUCAACAGAUGGUUCGAUGACGACCAUCCUCGCAGCAGCAAACAACAGGAGCUUGACACCCGUCCUGCCAACGACGACACAAGGAUUCGGUCCGCUUCUUCGCCAUAA